CCGCCAGCCCCCAGCCCCCCCUCGCCACCGGCACCGCCACCGCCACCGCCGCCACCACCACCGCCACCGCGUGCCUCCCACCUCCUCCUAGCCCAAACCAGCUAGACCAGCUCUCCCAGUGCCAGACAGCAGCCCCCCCAGGUCCCGCUCGCUAAGCCCUGGCUGCCCCCCGGGCACCUUGCAGCCCAGCAGGUGGAGGGCACUGAACUUGGAGAGACCCCCAAGUGGGGUUCUGGGCAGAGAUGGCCCUACAGAGCCAGCUGUGGUCUCUGGCCACACUCAUGCCCAUGGCCGAGAGCUCCCUCUAUCGGCAGCGGCUGGAGGUCAUCGCCGAGAAACGGCGCCUGCAGGAGGAGAUCCGGGCUGCGCGCCGCGAGCUGGAAGAAGAAAAACUCCGCGUGGAGCGGCUCAAGAGACAGUCUCUCCGUAACCACUGGCUUAUGGAUGGCGCCCCUGCCGAAGGGCCCGAGGACCCCGCCUCCCAGGACCCCCAGUCGCCAGCGGGCCAGGCUCAGGCCCGCAUCCAGACCCUGGAAGACAGCUUGUUCACACUCCAGUCGGAGCUGCAGCUGCUGCAAAGUGCGUCCACCGGUGCUCAGCACAAGCCCUCAGGCAGGCCCACCUGGCGCCGGCAGGAUCACCGACCUCUCUCCCAGCCCCCCAUGGACACAGGCCUUGCAGGCCAAGCUGUCAUGGACAGGAGAGCUUCGCUGCCCGGGGGACCCCUGGCCGUGUCCCCAGACGCUCCGGCCUCCUCGGAGCCCAGGGAGGAUGCUGCCGGGGUCCCGGAAGCCAACGGCCCCUGCCGGAGCCCCAGCCUGGAGGCACCUGCCAAGGGCGCUGGAGUUGAGCCCAAUGGGGAAGGUGUGGUGAGGGUGGUGUGGGAGGGGCUGAGGGCCACGGAGGACAGCGCCACGGGGCCCACGGGCCCAGAGCUGGAGGCGAAGGUCGAGCAGGUGGUGCUGGAAGCCAUGGCCGACCGGCCGGGGCCCUGCAGCCCGGAGCUGCCGGCCUGGGCGAGGGCGGACGUGGGCGCGGUGGAGGUGGUGUGGGAGGGCGUGGGCGGCAGCGACCCCGAGGCCUCCCCGCGGCUCCAGGAAGGGGUGGAGGGGGCAGGGGCCCCCAGGGGCGGCGGCGCAGAGGGUGAGGGGCACCGGGGCUCCGCGGGCGAGGAGGUCUCCUUCAUCUGGGUGGAGCGAGGAACGCUGAGCGAGGAGUGGGAGGAGCUGCUGGUCGAGGGGCUGGAGGGUCCCGCGGGCGCAGGCGCCCACAGGGAAGGCGGGGAAGACCCCUGGGCGGAGGAGCGGCGGCGUGCGGAGCGGGAAGGCAGCCGGGACAGGCCGGGGACCGAGGGGACCCCAGCGGAGGGGCUGCUGGAGCUGAGCAGGCCAGGAAGCGGGGAGCAGCUGCAGGGGGCGGAGACUGAGGGAGGGGAGGAGCCUCCGGGGGCGGGGACAGGAGGGGAGGAACCUCGGGGGGCCGGGAUAGGAGGAGGGGAGGAGCUGCUGGGGGUGGGGAUAGAAAGAGGGGAGGAGCCUCAAGGGGUGGGGACAGGAGAAGAGGCGCCUCCAAGGGUGGGGGUAGGAGGGGAGGAGCCUCUGGGGGCGGGGAUAGAAAGAGAGGAGGAGCCUCUGGGCGCGGGGACAGGAGGGGAGGAGCCUCCAGGGGCGGGGAAAGGAGAGGAGGAGCCUCUGAGGGUGGGGAUAGGAGCAGGGGAGGAGCCUCUGGGGGCUGAGAUAGAGGGAGGGGAGGAGCCUCCAGGGGUGGAGACAGGAGAGGAGGAGCCUCUGGGGGUGGGGAUUGAAGGAGGGGAGGAGCCGCUGGGGGAGGGGACAGAAGUAAGGGAGGAGCCUCUGGGGGCGGGGACAGAAAGAGGGGAGGAGCCACUGAGGGAGGGGAUAGGAGGGGAGGAGCCAGUGGGGACAGGAACAGAAGCAAGGGAGGAGCCACUGGGGGCAGGGACAGGAGGGGAGGAGCCAAUGAGGGAGGGGAUAGGAGGGGAGGAGCCGGUGGGGGCAGGGACAGAAUCAAGGGAGGAGCCGGUGGGGGCGGGGACAGAAGGAGGGGAGGAGCCACUGGGGGUGGGGACAGAAGGGGAGGAGUCAUUGGGGGAAGGGAGGAGUGGAGGGGAGAAGAUCCAAGGGUCCGAGGUGGAUCUGAAUCCUGAGCAGAGAGGUGCCAGGGCAGGAAGCGAAGCCCAGGCAGAGGAGGUGAGAGAGGCCGGGGCCCCCCUCCAGGGUGAGGAGGAGCCAGGCCAGCAGCCCCAGGAGAGGCAGGAGAGCUCCCUGGAGGAAGAGGAGGCCGCCAAGCCGCUGCCAAGCGCUGCUGAGGGCCCGGGCUCUGCGGAGGACCCCACGGCCCUCUUGACAGAGACCCCAGCCCCCGAGCAGCCUGCUGAGCGCCAGCCACUGCUUCCCCGGGAAGGGCCCAGCGCCCGCCCUGUGCCCACCUACGCACCUGCCAGGCAGCCCGAGGCACCUGCCCGCCGCGAGGGUGAGGGAGCGAGCGGCCCGAAGCAGAAGACUUGCCAGUGCUGCUCCGUGAUGUGAGCCCACGCCCCUGCACCCGCGCCAGCUCCUCUCACAGCUACCUCGGCCUCUUGGCAUCCGGCAGAGGGGCCCCGGGCGCGGACAAGGGCGCCACGGGACGGGCCUGCACGUCCACCCACACCUGGGCUUCCAGACCCCUUGCCCACUGCCUGUGACCCUGGUCCCGUCUGUGACGAAACCGUUAUACUUGAAAACCUUCCAGCGCUUGGGGGAACUUGAACGUGUGUGCUGUGUUGGCAUGGAACCACCUCGUCUCCUGGUGCGACCCGGAGGGCUCUGCUCUUCUGAAUCAGUGAGCUACAGAAUGAGCUGUUCCAACAAAAGACCCUGGGCGACAGUAGCUAUAAAAAUAUAGACGUUUAUUUCCUUG